CCUGUUAUUAUGUCAACUAUAGAUACUGCAAAAGAUACGGACAAAGGAACAUGGAGGAAGAGAUUCAUUACACGCUUAGAAAAGAUUGUGAAUGAUGAUACAUAUAUCUGUUAUGACAGUUUUGCACAGCCAAAGGAGUGUUUCAUUCCUGCUUUAAAGUGA